AUGGAUACCAUUACAAAUAAAAUGCCAACAGCGCAAGUACCUUCACACGUUCGAGAUUCUUUUAGACACUUGGUGUUAGCUGAUAAUCAGUUUGAUAGACCUGCAGAAAUUGAUCUGUUGCUUGGAGCAGAGUUAUUUCAUAACAUCUAUGAUGGCCAACGUUUGUUUUUUGGCUCUGACUUGCCAGUAGCUCUUCACAGCGUGUUCGGAUGGGUGAUCAGUGGAAAAUUGGAUCUUUCUUGUCGACCACCAACUUCAACCACCUCUCUCUUCGCUUCUACACUUGCCCUAGACAAUGUAGUCAAGCGUUUCUGGGAAGUUGAAGAACCUCCUAUAGUAAAGAUUGUUAGCCCAGAAGACGUGAAGUGUGAAAACAUGUUUUCUGAUCUUGUAAGGCGAAACUCAGAUGGUCGUUAUGUGGUGCCUAUAAUGCUUAAGGAUCCACUUGAAGAAUUGGGUGAUUCGCAUCAAAUGUCUAUGUCUCGCUUGCAUAAUUUGGAAAAGCGACUUAUUCGUCACCAACAGUUGAAAGCUGACUAUGUUCAGUUCAUGCAAGAGUAUUCUGAUUUGGGACACAUGACUUUAGUGGAUUCACCUUCAGGUGCGAAUGGAAACAUCAUAGCACAUCAUUGUGUGAUUCGCCCGGAGAGCAACAGCACAAAACUCCGUGUAGUCUUUGAUGCUAGCGCGAAGACUGGAAAUGGAAAAUCAUUUAAUGACAUUGUUUAUACUGGACCGAAACUACAGAAUAACAUUGUUGAUAUUAUCACAGCACUUCGGCUGGAUGGUAUAGUUUUUACAGCUGACAUAUCUAAGAUGUACAGAAAUAUUGAUCUGCGUCCCGAGGACAGACAAUAUCAAGAUAUAUUCUGGAGAGACUCACCGGAAGAGACUGUGAGUGAAUUUGAAUUAAACACUGUGACUUACGGUGUGAGUAGCUCACCUUAUUUGGCUAUUCGUACACUUCAUCAGUUGGCUCAAGAUCAUGGUGAGCAAUGGCCUCGUGCAGCAACUGCAUUGCUCAAAGACACCUUUAUGGAUGAUAUCGUGGUGACAGCUCCGUCGGUGGACGUUGCCUUAGAAAUAAAAGACGAGCUAAUAAAUUUACUCGAUUGUGGAAAAUUUGAGCUACGUAAAUGGAUCAGUAAUUCUCUUGAUUUUCUUUCACAUCUUCCAGCUGAUCAUCGUCAAACACCUAAAGCGUUUUGUGAUAAAGAAAAUCAAUGUACACUCAAAAUUCUGGGCAUUCAGUGGGACCCACUCAAUGACAAGUUUACUUACACUCAUUUAGAAAUGAACCCGGCUUGUACCAAGCGGAUUGUUCUCUCGAGUGUGGCAAGAAUUUAUGAUCCACUCGGAUGGCUAACGCCAGUGGUAUUAUUGGCCAAGAUGUUUAUACAAGAACUGUGGCGUCUACAACUGGACUGGGACGAACCAGUUUCUACUGAAAUGUUACAGAAAUGGCAAGAUUUCGUACGAAAACUGACAAAUUUAUCUAGUAUCAGUAUACCUCGGCAAGUAGUUCACUCAACUACAUGGUUGAAUACAGCACCACACAAAUUGAAAAUGUUCGUUGCUCACAGAGUCGUAAAAAUUACGGAUGAUCUCAGUGUUGAUAACUGGAAGCACGUAGCAACGCAUGAUAACCCUGCGGAUUUAUGCAGCCGUGGAUUUCGCUGUUCCCAGCUUGUUUCUCACCAAGUUUGGUGGCAUGGUCCUGCUUGGCUUGUGACUGAGAAAUCGUUGUGGCCCGUGCAAACGGAUAUCAGCCCUCCAGAUAUUGUACCUGAAUUGAAAUCGGCGGCUUCUCAUACUUUAACUGCGUCAAAGGAAACUAAUGUUGAUGCGAUUAGCGAGCUUGUGGAAAGAUCUUCAUCUUUUUUACAUUCUCAGCGAGUUCUAGCAUGGUGCCUUCGGUUCAUCGGCAACUUGAAAAAGAAAAGGGACGACCGUGAACAUAACACGGAUUUGACUGUCACGGAACUUGAGAACUCACUGGUUGUUCUUAUUCAUAAUGAACAGAGACGCCAUUUUUCUGAAGUUCUGGACUCUUUCGCUACCAACUCCAGUUCCAGAUGUAACAAAUCGCUGCUCAAGCUCAGUCCAUUCAUUGAUGAAGCUGGAUUACUGCGUGUGGGGGGGCGUUUGCGUAAUGCGCAGCUUCCAUUAACAGCGAUUCACCCAUUUCUGCUUCCGAAGCACUGUCAUUUGUCGAAGCUAUUUAUUGAUCACUACCACCGGGUAUACUUACACUGUGGGCCGCGUGUCCUUCAGAAUUGGAACAAAGAAAAUACUGGAUUCUUGGUAUUCGCAACAUGA